ACGCGAUUAUGUUGCAUGGGGUGUUGAUAUGUGAAACAUACGGGUGUUUGGGGGUGCUGCAUGACGGAUCUUCGGGCAGCCGGCUUUCCAGGGCAUUCCCCGGACUAUGGCCAGACAAGAAGUAUGAGGCCCAAAUGACGAUGCAGCCUGCAGUGGUCGAUUGACGCAUUGCCAGCCGACCUCGGGGACCUGCGUGCAAUGAUGUUGAAGAUGCAUGAAGAGGGUGGUCUGGCCGUGGGUGGACGUCACGGCGGAUGAUCUGAUGAUCCAAGGGGUGACCGGGAUUGACGAUGAUGAAAGACUAAGGUCCGUUCCACCCUGGCGACCAUCGUGCCACCAUCCGCCACGCCCUCACCCGGAGAAAGCAGCAGCAGGACGUCGCCCACAAGACCAAGAGGGAGGCCGCCCUGCCGCACAUCGACCGCCGGCGCCAUCGCGUCCUCUCCCGCAGCGCCGAGUACAAGACGUCCGGCUGGCUGACCACCCUCCCGUCGACAGACAACAACACUGGUCUUGAUGCUGCGGAGUUUCGAGAUGCCCUCAACAUGCGUUACGGCCGUCACCCCCCCGGCCUCGCUGCACGCUGCGACCACUGCAACCAGCCCCUCACCGUCGACCAUGCGCUGUGCUGCAAGCGGUACGGCCUGGUGAUUCGUCGCCACGACGAGCUGCGGGACACUUUUGCCGAGCUGAUUGGGAUGGCGUGGGGGGACGCUGGUGUGCGUCGGGAGGUGGUGUUGAAGGAGGGAGAGGAGGGGGAGGGUGGGGUCAGGGCGGACAUCGUCGCUCGGGGCGUGUGGGAGCGGCAGGCGGCUGCGUCGUUUGACAUCUGUAUUACGGAUCCUGACGCAACGUCUUACGCUUCCAAGAACCGAUCGACCAAGUCCAUCCUGAAGCAGCACGAGACCGCCAAGAAGAAGAAAUACCGCUCGGCCGUCUGCGACUCCCGCGUGACCUUCUGCCCUCUGGUGGUGACGUGUGACGGUGUGUGGGGACACGAUGCCAACGUGUUCAUCGCCCACAUGGCUCAUGCGCUGUUGGAGAAGGAGGGGUGGAAGGGUCGGGGGUUCAGUCAUGUGUCUGGAUGGAUUCGCUCUCGCUUGUCUAUCGCCCUCGCGCGUGCGACUAGCUUCUGUCUGCGUGGGGGAGGGAGGGGAGGGUUUGCGGGACUGGGGUGUGCUGAUGGGGCGGGGAUUGAUCCCUCCUCCCCUUGAGCCUGUUUGACUCUGCGUGCUGAUGGGACUGUAUUUGUAUGAGUAUCACGGACAGACAGACGAGUGUUACGGUUAAUGACAGUUUCCCCCCUGAUGAAAGACUAAUGAGGCAGAGAGGGAGGCUCCCUGACGAUACUAUCCUCGUCAUCCUGCGCAGACGUAUUAAUGCAUGUGAAUCUGUCACCCACACUACACAACCACACGUCUGUGUUUGUUGAGUUGUGUCUUGUCUUUCAGCGGCCAGUCGGAGCACAGAUCCAGAAUAGGGUCAGCCGCAGACAGACAUGAAAUUGAUUAAUGAUCGCAAUGGCUUCACUCCCUCACAGUCCCUCACAGUCCCUCACAGUCUGUCUUUCCUCUUGUUGUCUUGUGUCUGUCAGAUACAGAACCGAUUUGCGCAGAUGCAGAUGCAGAAAAGGAGAAGGAGAAGGAAGAGUGAAGUUUCGGUGCAGGAAGAUUCUGCUCGGCAAGCAUAGGGUGUCUGUCAGCAGAAUGUGUGAUCGAGGGGAAUUGUUGUACCGCGUUGAUGGAUGUGCAUAUUUUUUGCAAGGGAUGCACGGACUCACCUAUGUGAUUUUCAGACGUGUUCGUUCGACAGAUGGCAUGAGAGAGGCUCGUCCCCACACGCACAUGUGCACA